AAAAAAAAUAAAUAGUGGAGAGCGCGUGUUUUAGAAAAAAUCACCGAGUGAGCAACGCCUUAGGAAUGUGAGAGGGUUCAGCCCGAUUUCCAGUCAUGGGGUGCCUUUUUAGCAAGAAAUCGUGCGUCAAAAAUUACAGGAGAGACCAGACCUACGCCAAAAUCCGAAAACACUACUCGAAAUUGAGCCACAAUUUGUACUUCAAGGAUUUGAAAUUCCCAGCCUCGGAUUCCAUCCUCACCGUGGGCACUGACAUUCCUCGCAACAUUGAGUGGAAACGCCCAAACGACCUCUCUGAAUCACCUUUGCUCGUUUCUGGUCUUCUCGGAGACCACACAGUGACUCCUGGGAUUUUGUCACCAGCAUGGAUUUCCUCAGCUUUGGCUCUCUUGUCACACAGACCUGAGCUCUGGCACUGGGUUGUUCCCCAGUAUCGUCUGCAGUGUUGGGGCGAGGAUCCCACCAUGCACCCGGGAGUUUUCCACUUCAGAUUGUGGUACCGAGGCGCUUGGGUUGAUGUUGUGAUUGACGACCAACUGCCCAUUCUGGACGGAGACCUGGUUUGUGCUCAGAGCUCUUGCAAAAAUGAGUGGUGGCCUUCCUUGCUUGAAAAAGCUUACGCAAAAUUGCUUGGCUCGUACGCUGCUCUCAAAAGUGUCUCUCUGUCAGACGUAUUGGUUGAUUUGACCGGAGGAGUUUCUGAGAUAUGGACUGUUCCCACCAAAGUGAAUGGAUGCAACGGAGACCACUGUGCCGACGAACAAGAUUGCAAUUUCUUGAACCUAUUUUUAAAACUCAAAACAGAAAUUGCCCAUCAAACACUUGUGACAGCUUAUGUUCGUAAAGAGGCUGUCGAAGAGGAAUCAUCAGACCGAACUUCUCUGGGGCUGAUUCUGGAGCAACCAUAUUUAAUUGUAUCUGUCAAGAGGAUCCACUUGGAAAACUCAGCUUUAAAAGGAAUUCUGAAAGGCAAAGAAAAAGUGAUCCUAUUGCGCCUUUGCAACCCAGCCGUUGUCAUUGCAAAUCCUCAAGAUGCACCCCCAUUGGAUGCUAAAAAUGAGGCAGGGACAUCAGAAAAACCUGACUUUGUUUUCACGCACAAACACCUCACCCAAAUGCUAUCAAAGGUCCCGGAAUGGGCCAGGCUCUCUGAAGAAGAACGACAAAAAUUAGGUCUUGCUGUUGACAAUGACCGGGAAUUCUGGAUUCCAGCUGAAGAUUUUGUAACACAGUUUGGAGAGUUAUGUGUGUGUCGCAUUUUGGGUUGCUCUGGUGCACCCUUAGCCUGUGUUAUGGGCGAACAAAACUGGAGAGAGAAAGAGUUGAGUGGAGCUUGGGACCUAAAGGGUAGAGGUGGAAGUGGCAGAGGUUCAGGACGCUCCACACCUACCCAAAAUUUGCUGCAAAACCCUCAGUUUGUCCUUGACAUUCCCUCUGAUAAAGGAGCCAAUGUGGUAAUCCAGCUGCUCCAGUGGCCUAGCGCCACUAUGGAAUCUCAGGACUAUCCACCCAUUGGCUUUUCAGUCUUCAAAGUUGAGGAGAACCGCAAGUAUCGCUUGCAUGCCCUCUAUGGUCACAGCAAUGUUCUGACUGCUGGUCCACUCGCAAGAAGAGAAGUGAACAACCAGUGCCACUUGUCCCAUGGCAGGUAUCUCAUCAUUGCACAGACAGAAGCUGCAGGGCCAACUUCUUCGGCUCAACUGCAUGUUCCGAAGCACAGCUUCUUGCUGAGGUGCUUUAUUACUGAAGGGUGCAAACUAUUUCCUGCUGAUAGAGAUCUGCCUACAAAGCACUGGUGGCAUCCUUUUGCUCAUGAUGUUCAAAAUGUCAGUGUUGUCUCUGUCAAGGGAGCCGAAGAUUUGAAAUACCACAGCAGCUUUUUCAAGUGCAAUCCAUACUGUGUGAUUAAGUGCGAGGGAGUAAGUGUGGAAACGAAGCACGUUGAGCAUGACAACAACCCAUCGUGGGAGGGCUCGUACGUGUUUUACCGCCGCACUCCAGCCAUCCCAAUGUCCGCCCGAGUUUACAGCCACCGUCCACUGAUACCAGACGUUCUGUUGGGACAAGCACAGAUUCUUGCCCCUGUCAACCACCAGUCCACAAUCAUCAGGGCCGACUUGGGCUUGCCUGGGUAUGAAGACGAAACCCCACGGGGUAUACUAGUACUUGAAGUUAUCACUGAAGAUGAUCUUAACGCCAUAUAAAAAGAAUUAUCAUUAUCAGAGUACAGAAAUAUAUUUUAGGAAUGUUUAAGAGAGAUUGCACAACUAACGUUUUUAUCUUUUAUAAGUAUUUACUAACUUUAUUUUGACAAUAUAUAAUUGUGAUCGACAUUACGGACAAACGGGACACUCCUUUGUAAAAGGAAGAACAGCAAUAAAGACUGCAGAAAUCAAGAGCGUCGAUUCAUUGAAUUAAUUGCAAGUUAACGUGUUUACCAAUGGUUGUGCCUAAUUAUAAAAAGAGCUGAUAAUUCUUACAAUAAAAUUACAAGAUUUUUUUUAA